CAUCAAGCGUCUGGUUUGCAACGCCCCUCUUUAGGGAAGGGAAUGGUCGGCUUUUAAACCGAUAAGGACUGUGGACUCUUUCCAGUGUGUUUUGCGGGAAAAGUGAAACUGGAUGUGCGAGGACUGGAUGUCUGACAACAACUGCGGGAAAGCGCAACAUCAACUUUACAGAAUAAAAUAACCACCUCUAAGAAAAGCGGGAUAAGAUGGCGUCGGCCAGUGAUACCCGUCAGCAGCCGCAGGUGCAGAAGGAUGUAGCCGAUCAGAAUUUCGACUACAUGUUCAAGCUGCUCAUCAUUGGCAACAGCAGUGUGGGAAAAACUAGUUUUCUGUUCCGUUACGCUGACAACUCUUUCACUUCAGCGUUUGUCAGCACGGUCGGCAUCGACUUUAAAGUCAAAACAGUGUACCGCAAUGAGAAACGAGUCAAACUGCAAAUAUGGGACACAGCAGGGCAGGAGAGGUACCGCACUAUUACCACAGCAUACUACAGAGGGGCCAUGGGCUUCCUGCUAAUGUAUGACAUCACUAACCAAGAGUCCUUCUACGCUGUGCAAGACUGGGCAACUCAGAUUAAAACGUACUCGUGGGACAACGCUCAGGUGAUUCUUGUGGGAAACAAAUGUGAUCUGGAGGACGACAGACUGGUGUCCAGAGAGGAUGGAGAGAGACUGGCAAAUGAGCUAGGAUUCCAGUUUUUCGAAGCCAGUGCGAAGGAUAACAUUAAUGUCAAGCAGGUGUUUGAGAGGCUGGUCGAUAUAAUCUGUGACAAAAUGAACGAGAGCUUGGAUGGAGACCCAAGCAUUUUAACCAAUCACAAAGGUCCAAGUCUGCAAGACACGCCCCCUGUUGGACAGAGCAGCUGUGGAUGUUAAUGAUCAUCUCUCAGCAAACACUCAUCCUUGAAGGCAAACAUUCACACACAUGCACACAUUCCCU